UGUUUUACUUUGAAAUAAAGCACCGGAAGUCACUGCGUUUACCGUUCAUACUGCACACGUUCUGUAUGGAAAGCGCAAACUAGACGAGGUGGAUUUGUUUACAAUCUUUCCGGGCGUGUUUAUUUAAUAAUACAGUUUUUGAUACAGACGUUUCAGUUCUGAGCGUGCUACGCUGCGCCUGGCGUAAUUUUUGAACUCGUUAUACGCAGUUUUAGCCAUUAUGCGGUCGCGAUGGACGAACCGGCGGGUCACGUUUGCUUUCGCACAAAUCGAUGCGUCUCAGCGUGGAGGGCGAACGAUUUGAUUGCGAAUUCUCCAUCUUCCGUGCUGCCGAGAGACGCCUACUAACCUCUAGAGCCUAACAGCGUGCCUCCACCGGUCCGACUAUGGAGACCGCUCAGGUGACUUUGGGCGUAAGAGCAGAGACAUCUCCAGGUGAGGUGAUUGCCGUUGUUGGCAGCUGUGAAGCUCUGGGGAGCUGGAAUCAUCAAAACGCUGUGAUCCUUCACUUGAAUGAGAAUGACGGUAAUACAUGGACUGCAACAGUUGCUGUGCCUAAAUGUGUUGUUUCCAACUACCGCUAUUUUAAAGGCUUCUUUCUGGAGUCAAAGAAUGCAGGUGGUCCCUGUCAGGUGAUAAUCAAUAUGUGGGAGACCCAUCAUCAGCCCCGCACGAUGAUCCCCACAGCAUCACACCUGAAUAUUGAUGAUGGGCAGUUUGGAACUCACAAUGGGGUGCAUUGUGUUGACUCUGGGUGGCUGACUUGUCAGACAGAUAUCCGCUUACGUCUGCACUAUUCCAAGAUAUCUCCAGUUUCCAUCACGAAGAAGAAAUUCAAGAAUUCUCGCUUCAGGAUCAAGCUGAUAUUGGAGGGCGUUGAGGAAGAGGAGGAUGAGGAAGAUGAUUUGCACAGUCCUUCAUCUUUGCAAAAGAUGACCACCACUCUGGGCAUUAGUAUGAUCAGUGCUAACGGCUUCAAGUCCCGGCACUCGCAGCCUGAGUGUGGUUACGCCCUGGAGCCCUCCCGGUGGACCGAGUACAGCAUCCACACCAUGGACCCAGACAACCUGGAGCUCACCUUCGAGUUCUUUGAGGAGGAUCUGAGUGAGCAUGUAGUCCAGGGUGACACACAUCCAGGGCACGUGGGCACCGCGUGUCUCCUUUCUUCUUCUUUUGUGGAAAGUGGAAAGGAUAACGGAAUAGUCACACUUCCCAUAAUGGGUCGAAACUCCCGACAGACCAUAGGAAAAGUCAGAGUGGAUUUCCUGGUGAUUCGACCCAUCCAGGGGCUCCUGUGUGACAUGAGCUCCUCAUUCACAAAGUACUGGAAGAAGAGAAGUACUCUGAAUGUGGGUCACAGAGGAGCUGGGAGCACGCACACUGCAAAGCACCACAGAAUCAGGGAGAACACAAUAGCCUCAUUCAAAAGCGCUGCCAAGCAUGGUGCUGCCUAUGUGGAAUUUGAUGUUCACCUCUCCAAGGACGCUGUUCCUAUCGUAUACCAUGAUCUGACAUGCUGCAUAUCCACCAAGAAGAAGAAAGACCAUAAACUGGAGCUGAUUGAGGUGCCAGUCAAAGAUUUGACGUUUGAUCAGCUGCAGCUUCUGAAGCUGGCACAUGUUACUGCAAUGAAGGCGAAUGAUCACAAAGAUCUGCUGGAUGAUGAAGAUGAAGUCGAUGAGCACCAGCCAUUCCCCUCGCUGUCCCAGAUCUUCCAGGCUAUUCCUGAGCAUGUGGGCUUCAACAUUGAGCUGAAGUGGAUCUCUCAGAUGAAGGAUGGAUCAUGGGAUGGCAACCUAUCAACCUAUUUCAACAUGAAUCUCUACCUCGACAUCAUCCUGUCCUGUGUUCUGCAGAAGGGCGGCAAAAGACGCAUAGUCUUCUCCUCUUUUGACCCAGACAUCUGUACCAUGGUGCGUCAUAAGCAGAACAAGUACCCCAUCCUCUUUCUGACUCAGGGAGUUUCAGAGAAGUAUCCUGAACUGAUGGACAUCCGCUGCCAGACCACUCAGAUUGCAAUAAGUUUUGCACAAAAAGAGAACAUUCUGGGAAUCAGUGCUCACACUGAGGAUUUGCUGAAGAACCUCAGCUACAUUGGUGCCGCCCAGUGUAAAGGCUUGGUGGUGUUCAGCUGGGGAGAUGACAACAAUGAACAUGAUACCAGAAGGAAGCUGAGAGAGCAGGGCAUCGAUGGGCUCAUCUAUGACAGUAUAUGUGAGGAACAAGGAGAACAGCCAAACAUUUUCCAAGUAGAGGAGCAACACUCUCUGCAGGAGGUCAUCACGGAGGAGACCUUAAAGAGCUCCGCCUGUUCCUGUUAUUCCAUUCCCUGCUCCAUGGUUCCCUGCGUUGCCUCAAAGGCUCGUGCUGCCAGCGCUGAGUCCGAUUCUGGCCUCAGUUCCUCAUGAACCUACUCAACUGCGUCAUUGAAUCCACACACAGUAAACAGGACCAAGGAGGGUGUGGAUAAACAACACUGGUAUUUGGUCAUGGUGUGUAUAUAGAGCAGAAUAUGGGUAACUUUUAAUUCCACCUUCAUAUAUGGCCAAGCCAUCUCCACACUGCUUAGUUACAGUUGUUGUCUUCUGUCCAAUGUAUACACAUAUUUUGUUAUUCAUGCUUUGUUAGUUUAGUGGUUGGAGAACUUUAAGGAUGUCGUUCACUUCCAGUUCAAGGAUCCCAAGUCUUACAAAUACUUGAUACAUAUUUAUUACGACAAUAUUUUCAAUCAAUUCAUAGUUCAUCUGCUGACACUUGCAUAUUAUAUUCUAGAACAUGAAACUUUAAAUUAUACUUUGUAUGUAAAUAUUUAUGCACAGAUUCAGUUUCUGUGCAUGCUGCCACUCAACUCAUUGCUAUUUUAGGUGUGAGGAAUUCGGUGUGUAUUUAGAGCAUUCACUGCUUUGCAUAUGGUUGUAAAGAGCAACUAGAGCUUUAGAGGUCGCCAUUAAUGUACGCUGGUGCACAGACUGCAGCACUUUGAAGAAGCCUAGGGGAUGGGUUUGUUUCAUCUCUUCAAGCUUUUUUUAUGCUUGUAAUGAUUAUUCGCCAAUAUUGUAAAUUACACACUGCGUAUUAAGAUGAUGUACUGUACUUUUUAGUUUUGUGUAAAUUGAGGAAAAGUGGAAGAAUGUGUUAUUUACAGAGGUGCACUCAUACCACAGCCUUACAAAGGGUGGGGGCAGCGUCAUGUCUUCUGUUUUUUUAUGUCUCACAAUCUGUUAAAAUACGCAGAAAAGGUGACAUUUAUACCAAAUGAACAAACAAUAUAAUUCCUUCUUAUACAUUCACCUAACAAUACUUUUAUGUUUUGUUAAUUACACUUGAAUUUACAGUCUCAUAACUACAGUACAAACUAUAAUGAUGGAGUUGUGCAUCAUCUGUGUAUCUGUAUUGAGUAAGUGAAAGGAUAACUGACUUUAGUGUCAAUUAUAAGUGUAAAUAAACGGAAAAUGAAUAUCAA